ACCAUGUAUGUAACAAGCCCUCUCUCCCUGUACCGAAAAUCCGCCAAAACCAUUGUGGUUCGACCAUCUCAGGGACCAUAUUCGGGUUGCUUAGUCACUACAGAUGAAGAAGCAGAAGAACAAGAAAGCCUUUGUUGGGGACUAUGCAGAACCGGAAAGAUUCAGGAGCUUCCCUUCCCUCAAGACCGGAUGCUUAAAGUUGUUCAUCCCACAAAUCGCGAAGAGAGCUCUGUAAAGACCGUCUGGUUCAUACCUGUCCUCGAUCAACCUUCAUGCCUUAACCGCUACUAUGUCAUCAAGGCCAGAGGCCGUUACAAAGGGUUGGCCUUUACAUGUUCGAGGGAGGACGAUAUUGCGGGAUGUUGUUUUAGGAACACGAUAACGGACGUGAAGCCAACGUCUUUCGAUCACACAGACAUAUACCAACAGUUGGAGAUUCACAAGGACCGUUCAGGCGGGUUCUACGCUAUGGCAGUUGCCGGCGACGGUUAUCCACCGAAAUUCCUAAGGAGAAGAGGCUGGGAACUACACACGACAUCCCUUGAAUUCCAGAUAAGGGAAUCGCCGGGGCUGGUUAAUAUAAGCCAGCUUCAGUCGAACAUCGAACCUUCCCUCGAUUUUCCCAUGUACUACAAGUGCUCGCCGUCGGUGGUGGUGACGAAAUGGACUUGCCCGUUUAUGUUUGUGAAGGAAGGAAGUCACGAAUCGAGGAAUACCCAGAUGGGGAAAUCGGUUGUGUAUGAGAUGACAAUGGAGAGAUGGUGGGAGGAGAUUUGUUCGAGCGAAAACGAAAGUAUAGGGAAGAAGAAUGUUGUUGUGGCGGUGGAUUGCAACGUGAAGAGGGAGACGGUUCUUGUUUAUGGAAGGGAGAGUGAAAGAGAUGAAAGAAUGGAAGAUGGGUUUGUUUGGUUUAAGCAUGUGGUGUUGGGGUUUGGUGUUGGGUUGAGUAAGGCUAUUGUUGAGAAGAUGAGAUGGGUAGAAGAGAAAAGAGGGUGGGAUGGAAGUGGAAAUGAGAAAGAAGUGAGAGUGGAAAAGGUUGUGGUAAAAGAAGAAGAAGAUGGCCAUGGCCAUGGAUGGUGUAGGUUUGCUUGUUAUGUGCUGGUUGAGAGUUUUGUUUUGAAAAGAAUGGAUGGAGUCGUCUUGCUAAGUUGGAAAUUCAGACAUUCCAACAUCACCCAUUGCAGAUGGGAGUAAUAAUAAUAAUUUAAUAUCUUA